AUGGCGAUGAGAGGCGACGAUGUCGCCUGGGAAGAGAGUGACCGCGUUGAGCGCGUCUGGCGCCACUCUCUUUUCGAAGAAGCAACCAUGAGGGCAAUCGGCCAGUUUAUUGCCAAGCACCGACAAGGAGUGCCCACUGAGCUAUGUGAACCAAGGGCUGGCGGCUUCAACGCGCUGUUCAGGAUGAAAUUUCUAGACGGCGGUUCAGCCGUGAUACGCUUUACCAAGCCAGGCUCUACAAUGUUUCCAAAGGAGAAGAUAAAAAACGAGGUCGCAACCAUGAGAUUUAUCCAAUAUCACGCCACGAUACCGGUUCCCUUUGUCCACCACUGGGGUACCCAGGACGAGAGCCCUCUUAAUAUAGGCCCGUUUAUUAUUAUGGAGUAUGUCAAUCAUGAAAUGGACAUGGUUGACGCGCUGAAUACUCCUAGUCUUUCAUGCGAUGACCGGCCUAUUUUGAACCCAAAUGUUGACGAGGCUACGCUUAAGAUGCUAUAUAACCAGGUUGCAAAAAUACUGCUUCAGCUCUCUGCAUUAGAGUUCCCUCUCAUAGGCGCUCUUGGAGAGACUGAAAAAUGGUCAUGGGAGGUUACGCGCCGCCCCUUAUCGUUACCCAUGAAUGAGUUGGUUAGGGUUGGGACUUUACCGCGGGAUAAAUUGCCCGACACCACCUUUAGCAGCACAUCUGAAUAUCUCCAAAGCCUAGCAACCCUUCACGUCCAUCAUCUCGCCCACCAGCGGAACGACGCGGUCGACUCCGUCGCCGACUGCCAGCGCAAGUAUGUGGCUAGACAUCUAUUCCAGAAGCUUGCCAACGAAAGGCGGCUUCUAUCUAGUGAAUACGAUGAAGGACCCUUUAAACUCUGGUGUGACGACCUGCGGCCAUCUAAUAUCUUACUCGACGCCAAUUUAAACAUCGUUGGCGUUAUUGAUUGGGAAUUCAGUUAUGCCGCGCCAAAUGAAUUUACAUUUGCUCCUCCGUGGUGGCUGCUCCUUGAGCAACCCGAGUACUGGAAGGAAGGCCUUGAUGAUUGGAUCGAAAAGUACGAACACCGCUUAAAGGUAUUUCUCAAGGCCAUGGUAGAUUGCGAAGACGCCGCUAUAGCCUCUGGAAAGUUACAAGAGCAUCAGCGACUAUCCUGUAAGAUGCGUGAGAGCUGGGCCACCGGCGACUUUUGGACCGUCUACGCCGCGCGGAAAAACUUUGCAUUUGACUGCGUCUAUUGGAAAAAGCUUGACCCACGGUUCUUUGGGCCAGACGAACGGGAUACUACGCCUCCUGAGGAUACUUGGAUGAACCGAUUCGGGCUGCUUGAUGAACAGACCCGGGUGGCUAUGGGAUCUUUUGUGGACAAGAAAAUGGCCGAGACAGAGACGAGGGAAUUGGCUUGGGAUCCAGAUGAGUACACUUUGAAAAAGCAGGCAGCUGUCACUGGUUAG